AUGUCAGCCUCGAUAUCCGGCAAUCGAGAUCUCCCUACAUCCAGGCACGAUCUGAGUACGUACUGGGGUAGAGUUAAGCAGGCUGCGGAAAUAUCAGACCCCAGGACGCUGUUUGUCUCCUCUGCUGGUCUAGAUAAGGCCAAAGGCCUCAUCGCCUCGUAUAAAACUGGCCAUGUCCCAUCGAUGACACCGGAGCUGUGGCAGGCGAAAAGAAUCAUCGAUUCGACUUUGCACCCUGAUACUGGUGAACCAGUCUUUCUCCCCUUUCGCAUGUCAUGCUUCGUUCUGUCCAAUUUGAUUGUGACUGCGGGAAUGCUCACCCCCGGCCUUGGUACAAGAGGCAUCGUGCUCUGGCAAAUUGCCAACCAGUCUCUAAAUGUCGCCAUCAAUAACGCCAACGCAAACAAGUCCACUCCUCUCUCCUACUCCACUAUGGCAAAAUCAUACCUCAUGGCCGUCUCUGCCUCCUGCUCCGUCGCGCUGGGGCUGAACGCCAUGGUCCCCCGUCUAAGGCGAGUGUCUCCAAACACGAAAUUGAUACUGGGUCGCCUAGUUCCCUUCGCAGCCGUCGCCAGUGCUGGCGCGCUGAAUGUAUUCCUAAUGCGCAGCGAGGAAAUCCGCAAAGGAAUCGACAUCUACCCAGUUCUAUGCGAUGAGGAGAAAGCGAAGCGAGAGGUUGACGGAGAAUUGGAGGUGCAGAGUCUGGGGAAGAGCAAAAGGGCUGCCACGUUAGCUGUGGGGGAAACGGCGAUCAGCCGAGUGCUCAAUGCGACUCCAGUCAUGGCUAUUCCCCCCUUGAUUCUCAUACGGCUGCAGAAGACCCAUUGGCUGAAGGCGCGACCUCGACUUGUGAUGCCUGUUAACCUGGGGUUGAUCUUAACAACCUCCCUCUGUGCUUUGCCGUUCGCGCUUGGCGCAUUCCCGCAACGACAAGCGGUUAGUGCGCGGUCGCUGGAAGAGGAGUUCUGGGACCGUGGUGGCAAAAACGGUGAGGUUGAAUUCAACAGGGGUAUAUGA